UUAAUUAAUUAACAAACACACUACUAAUAAAUAAUAAUCAUUAGCAGAUAAAAAAUUAAAAAACCCAAUCUCACCCGUUUCCGAUUCCAUUCACAAAACUACUUGGAACAUGAUACCUUCCCCGUAAAAAUUUCCUCCCACGCGCCGGCAUCUCAACGAGUCAAAAAUUCUUCCUCUGAGUGGGAAUGGAGAGCUAGAGCUAGAGAGAGAGAAGCACAUCAAAAUCCAAUCCAACCCAACCCCACGACGAAUCCUUGUCUGUCCUCUGUCCUCCAAUCUCUCUCCCACUUCCCCACCACCACCGCCGCAUACGGCGCCAAAAGAAACUACAACCACAACCCGCCGCCGCCCCCCUCACCACCACCACUUUCCGUUCUUUUCUCUGUCCUCCUUCUUCCGGCGAGAAACAACUACCGUACUGCUGUUUUCAACCCAGAGAAGAUAGAAUGCCUUUUCCCCACUCCCUGCUUUACUCCACUCUGCCCCACCACCACCACCAUCCAAAUUUCAUCAAUCGAAUUUGAAAAAGCAAACUCCUUUUCUCUCUCUCUCUCUCCGUCUUUUUGACUACCCAGUUCCCAGAAGCUGCUUUCGGGUCUCCCCUUCUGCAAUGGCGAUUCCAGCAGCAGGAACUGACCCAGCAGCAGCGGUGGGUCACUGGGAUUCGGCGGUCAAGAAGAUGAAGCGGUUCAACCCAGUCGAGCCAUCUGUAGGAAUCCUCGGCUUCUCCUUAUUCGCUCUCUUGCUCUUCGUAUUCUGCUUCUCCUCCCGCUCCGGCGACCACCGGGCCGUUUCUCCGGGCUCCUGGCCCAAUUACCAAUCCGGGUCGAUUCACCGGGUCGAGUUUCUGGACGACGAUGGGAACAGCGGAUGCGAUGUGUUUGAUGGCAACUGGAUUUGGGAUGACAGCUACCCGCUCUACGAAAGUAAAAAUUGCGCCUUUAUUGAUAGUGGGUUUCGUUGCUUGGAGAAUGGCAGGCCUGAUAGCUUCUACACCAAGUGGCGCUGGCAGCCCCAUCGUUGCAAUUUGCCCAGAUUUGACGCGAAGGUGAUGCUGGAGAAGUUGAGGAACAAGAGGCUUGUGUUUGUGGGCGAUUCGGUAGGAAGGAACCAGUGGGAGUCGCUGCUCUGUAUGCUAGCAUCUGCGGUUCCUGAGAAAUCAGAACAAGAUUCGGAUUCUGAAUUGAUUUAUGAAGUGAAUGGGAACCCGAUUACGAAACACAGAGGGUUUCUGGCGUUUAUGUUUAAGGAGUACAAUUGUACUGUCGAGUAUUACAGAGCGCCAUUCCUGGUUUACCAAGGGAGGCCUCCUUCAGGAGCCCCAGCAGGGGUGAGGAUGAGUUUGAGGUUGGAUAAAUUGGAUUGGACUUCACGGGGGUGGCGGGGUGCCGAUGUUUUGAUCUUCAACUCUGGGCACUGGUGGAACUAUGAGAAGACGAUUAAAGUGGGUUGCUAUUUCCAGGAAGGAGAGGAGAUAAAAAUGGAGAUGAGUGUUGAAGAUGCGUACCAGAGAUCAAUAGACACGUUGAUGGACUGGAUACACAGAGAAGUAGACAUGAACAAGACUCAAGUUUACUUCCGAACAUAUGCUCCUGUACAUUUCAGGGGCGGUGACUGGAGGACUGGUGGUACUUGUCAUCUGGAACAGCUUCCUGACCUGACCGCAUCCUCCAAUUCAUCAGAUUAUCGAUUUAAACUGCUACUCGAUACUCUCUCAGCCCAUUCCAAUGAAUCAUUAGCAACGAAACUGAGCGUUUUGAAUGUUACGCCCUCAGCAGCAAAGAGGAAGGACGGGCAUGCAUCCCUGUACUAUCUGGAGCCAGGGGUAGGCCCUGCCGCAAUCAACCGUCAGGAUUGCAGCCACUGGUGCCUCCCUGGUGUUCCCGAUUCUUGGAACGAGCUCCUCUACGCGCUUCUACUCAAACGUGAGGCUGUUCGCCGAGUGAACCCUUCAGAAAUUUCCCAAGCCCCACUCUAAUUGGCAAUAUCUAUGGGAGUUGCCGAGUUGGUUAAGCCUUCUGGCAUCAUUUUUUUGGGGGCUUGGGCAUGAGAUGAAUCCGGCAAUUGUUAUAGCGCAUCGAAUGUGAUGGACUGCUGGUGUUGUUCAUAUAGCUGGUUAGGCACAUUAUUUAACAAGAAUGGCUGAGGAUAUAGGUUGUAGAUAAAUUCAUAGUUGAAUAUAGAAGCAUCAUUUUGUUUUGUUAUGCCUGGAGAGCAAAUUGUACAAGAAUUGAAGACCUGUUGGGAAUAGGGGAUAUAUAUGGUGGUGCCAUCUUUGUAUAAACAGAACAGCACUGCACCCGUAUAUCUUGGAAGGUUGCUUGCUGUGGUCGUGGCUUGGGAAACUUUUUACUAUUUAGAGAAGUUCAUGGAUCAUUGAUGUCAACG